GUGGGGUUCAGUUACACUAAAAUCCCUAAUACGGGAAGAUAAGAGGGAGGGAGAGAGAGAGAGAAGUGGAGGGAGAGCACCAGAAGAGGAAUACAACAAGGGAUGAAAGGAGACACCCCAGUGAACAGCACCAUGAGUGUCGGCCAAGCCAGGAAGCUGGUGGAGCAAUUGAAGAUUGAAGCCAGUUUUUGCAGGAUCAAGGUAUCAAAGGCAGCUGCAGACCUGAUGGCAUACUGUGAUAACCACGCGAUUGAGGACCCCCUCAUCACCCCUGUGCCCACCUCAGAGAACCCAUUCAGGGAGAAGAAGCUUUUCUGUGCACUCCUUUGAGACAAGCCACAGGAUGUUGUGAAAUACAAUGUCCAGACAAAAAUGCAAACAAUACGUAACCAUUAACAUAAGGAGUCAUGAUAGCCUUUCAAAACAAAUACACAUCUAAAACACACCAAGAAAGCUAACAAUCUUGAACCUGAAGAAAAACAUACAAGUGGAUAUACUGUAAAUACAUUAUGCAACAUGAAAUAGCUCAUUUCUCAAAUCAACUCAAUAGGCAAGAUGGAUGAGGGAUGACAACACAAAUUGGAAUUAUUUGUAACUUUUAAUACACACUUCAUUGGUAAAUAUCCAUUGCCUGCCCUAAUCAGCCUUUGUUAAAUACAUUUACAUUUACGUCAUUUAGCAGACGCUCUUAUCCAGAGCGACUUACAAAUUGGUGCAUUCACCUUUUAAUAAAAUAAUUUGUGCGCGACAGACAGUCCUGGAUGUCACUUUUUUAAUCUUUGUUGCAGAAAUGUAGGUGCUACUGGAUCCGUAAUUGAAUCAUUUAACUAGGCAAGUCAGUUAAGAACAAACUCUUCUUUACAAUGACGGCCUAGGAACAGUGGGUUAACUGCCUUAUUCAGGGGCAGAACGACGGAUUUUUACCUUGGAGAUUUGAUCUAGCAACCGAAAGGCUAGGCUACCUGCCGCCCAGUAAGAGGGUAUUAAAGAGGACAAGGCAAUACACACUGACCCAAAUAAUUCCACUGGUGUGUACAAGUGGUAAGCUGCCUUAACACAGCAUCAGUGAUCUAAAAAGAGAGGUUCCCAAUAAAUGAUCAAUGAUGUAAAUUUAAUUUAUUUAAACUAGGCAAGUCAGUUAAGAACAAAUUCUUAUUUACAAUGGCGGCCUACAACGGCCAAACCCGGACGACGCUGGGCGAAUUGUGUGCCGCCCUAUGGGACUCCCAAUCACAGCCAGUUGUGAUACAGCCUGGAUAAAUGAUAAAAGCGGUUUAAUUUGUUAAGUGGGAGCCUAAUAAUAAAUAAUGCCUUUAUGACAAUAGCAUUAACUAAGAGGUACAUUUCGAGACCAGUCUUUAAGGAUGCUUAGGAAUAUUAUCACUCUUAAGAUCAAUGUUACAAUGUAGACCUUCACUGUUUAUAUUUCUUAAAAAUAAAGAGCUCUGAAUAAAAGGAGACGUCGGUAAUCAAAGAUUAAAAU